AUUGUUUAUUCCCAUGUGGUGUUGAAAAAUGGACGCGCACAUGAGUCUGUGAGGUUUUGAAAAUGUUUUCAUUUAAUGUUUGCAUGCGUUGAGCGUUAAAAAUUGACGGAAUUGUGAAAAAGCGUUGUGUGAAAAUGACAGAUAUGCCUCCUUAUCUCGCGCUUAACGAUGAUGAGGACAAUAGUGGAGAGCCAGAUAGUGACUCCUCGGAUUUUGAGGAUGAUCUGGUUUUAAGUUUUGAUAAACCGAGGCACUUGGAGCCCAUAAAGGGAGCUGAGCGCGAGGAGCACUCGUGGAGAGUCAAAGAAAAGUACAAGACCCACUGUGUUGCACUGGUCUUGUGUCUUAAUGUGGGUGUUGAUCCUCCAGAUGUUGUCAAGACACAACCAUGUGCCAGACUCGAGUGUUGGAUAGAUCCGAAUUCACUGUCUCCGACCAAGGCUUUAGAGACCAUAGGACAUGCUCUACAAACACAGUAUGAGCGCUGGCAGCCGCGCGCGCGAUAUAAACAGUCCUUGGAUCCCACAAGUGAUGAGAUCAAGAAACUGUGCUGCUCGCUGCGUCGGAACGCAAAGGAGGAGCGCGUCCUGUUUCACUACAAUGGACACGGCGUGCCCAAGCCGACGUCCCAGGGGGAGAUUUGGGUGUUUAAUCGGGCCUACACCCAGUACAUUCCGCUGUCGAUGUACGACCUGCAGACGUGGAUGGGCGCUCCGUCGCUGUACGUGUACGACUGCUCCAACGCCGGCGUCAUCGUCGACAACUUCAAGCAGUUCGCGGAGCAGCACGAGCGGGACUACGAGAUGCAGGCGAGCGCGGCGGGCGCGACGGGCGCGGCCGGGCCGGCGCCGGUGUGCUACCGGAACUGCAUCCAGCUGGCGGCGUGCGCGGCCGGCCAGAGCCUGCCCAUGUCGCCCGAGCUGCCGGCCGACCUGUUCACGGCGUGCCUCACCACGCCCGUCAAGAUGGCCAUCAAGUGGUUCGUGCUGCGCACGCGCCUGCGCGUCGCGCGCGCCGACCUCGUCGACCUCAUCGACAAGAUUCCCGGUCAGGUGACCGACCGGCGGACGAUGCUGGGCGAGUUGAACUGGAUCUUCACGGCCAUCACAGACACCAUCGCGUGGAGCUCGCUGCCCCCGGACCUGUUCCAGCAGCUAUUUCGAGCGGAUCUCCUCACCGCUAGCCUCUGCCGAAACUUCCUGCUGGCCGACAGGAUCAUGAGGUCGUACAAUUGCACGCCCGUGUCGUCGCCCGCGCUGCCGUCGCUGGCGCGCCACCCGCUGUGGGCGGCGUGGGAGCACACGCUGGACCUGGCCCUGGCGCAGCUGCCGGCGCUGCUGGAGCGCCCGCACCACCACUACCGACACUCGCCCUUCUUCCGCGACCAACUCACCGCCUUCCAGCUGUGGCUCGACCUCGGAAAUUGGUCGGUGUCGCGGCCGCCGCCCGACCAGCUGCCCAUGGUGCUGCAGGUGCUGCUGAGCACGCUGCACCGCGUGCGCGCGCUGCAGAUCCUGUGCCGCUUCCUGUCGCUGGGCGCGUGGGCCGUGCGCGCCGUGCUGGCCGUCGGCAUCUUCCCCUAUAUGCUCAAGCUGCUGCAGGCCUCCGCGCACGACCUGCGCGCCUCCAUGGUCUAUAUCUGGGCUAAGAUCAUCGCCGUCGACCCCACUUGUCAAGUCGAUUUGGUGAACGCCAAAGGUCACAAGUACUUCUUAUCUAUACUGCAGGACCCAUCUGUUGAUACGGAACAUCGGACACUGGCAGCAUUUGUGUUGGCCGGCAUCGUCGACAACUACCCGGCGGGCCAAGAGGCGGCCUUGCAGGGUUCGAUGAUAUCGGCGUGCCUCGAGCAGCUGGGCGAGGGCGCCAGUGGCGCGGGCUGGCGCCUGCAGCAGUGGGCCUGCAUCGGGCUGGGCCGCCUGUGGCGCGGCUGGGACGCGGCGCGCUGGGCCGGCGUGCGCGACCUGGCGCACGAGAAGCUGGCGGCGCUGCUGCCGCACCCGCGCCCCGAGGUGCGCGCCGCCUGCGCCUUCGCGCUGGCCGCCUUCGUGUCGGCCGGCGCCGCCGCGCCCGCGCGCACCGACCACGCCAACGCGCUGGACCAGCAGGUGGCCGUGCAGCUGGCGGCGCGCCUGCGCGACGACGCCUCGCCGCUCGUGCGCGCCGAGAUCCUCGCCGCGCUCCAGUGGAUGGUUUUAAUAUUCGAGCAGCACUUCAUCGCCGUGUACAUAAACGAGAGGGUGCGGCGGAGCGACAGGGAGGGGCUGCGCGGCGGGCGGCUGAGCCGCGUGGACACGGGGCAGGACGCGCUGGCGGCGGCGCGCAGCCCGCCCGCCGCGCGCGCCGCGCUCGCGCUGCCGCCCGCGCUCGCGCUGCCCGCCAUCGGUUUCGGUUCGGUGUACAUGAAGCUGUGGGGCAUGCUGUGUGCGAUGGCUCGCGAGCCGCACCCGCAGCUGGCUCAGAUGGCGGCCGACAUCAUCGCGUACGUCUCCAACCAGGUUGACAGCGUGGGGCGCGACGUGGAGCGUCACCCGCCUCACUCGCACAGCGGCGGUGGCUCCAGUUCGCUGCCGCCGUCGCCCAACACGCGCGCACCGCACGCGCACCACGACUCGCGCACGUUGCCGCAUAUGGGUCACCGCCGGGGUAAGUCCGGUCUCCCGCACACGAUAUCGGAGGACUCCGUGGCGCAUCGAGACCGUGAACGAGACUCGACCUCCUCCAAUUCUAGUCAAUCGACGAAAAAAGUGAUAGUAACGACACAGUUCGUGGAGUGGGCGACGGCGCAGUUCGCGCGCGGAGACGCGUCGGGCGGCACGAGCGGGCCCUUCGCGUCGGGGGACGGCGCGGCGGGCGCGGCGGGCGCGGCGGGCGGCGCCGACUGCGAGAGCCGCGCGCACCACGAGCGCGUGUGGCGCCGCGCGCGCAACCGCAGCAUCCGGCGGGAGGCCCGCGCCCUGCGCGCGUCGCACCCGCCGCGCCUGGAGACCGUCGCGUUCCACUCGCGCUGCCCGCUGCCGCCCGCCGUGGUGCUGUUCCACCCCUACGAGCAGCACGCCGCGCUCGCCUCCAAGGAGAAUUUCGGAAUCUGGGACUGGGGCACGGCGGCCAAGCUGUGCGUGGGAUCGUGGCGCCGCGCGUGGGGCCGCAUCACGUCGCUGGCCUACCUCAACGCGCACCACCACGCACUGCUGGCCGUCGCCUCGCACCAGGGACACCUCGCCAUCUACAGGCCGUCGGGCAGCGGCUCGGAGCCGGCGCUGGUGUCGGCGUGGCGCGCGCUGGACGUGCGGCCCGCGCCCGACUACCGCCCGCCCUCCGCGCAGCCGCUCUACAGUCUGGCGCAGCUGGUCACGGAGCAGUUCGCGCCGGCGGACGAGCGCAGCGGCAGCAAGGGGAUGCUGUCCGACCCCAACAUGGGGAGCAGUGCGCCGCCCUCGGGCACGCUGCUGCGCUGGAGCGCGUCGCGGCGCUCGCUGGCCCUGGCCGGCCAGGCCGCCACCGUGCGCCUGUGGGACGCGCACGCGGAGCUGCUGCAGGCCGACAUACCCACCGAGUGCGAGGCGGCGGCGACGGCGCUGUGGCGCGGCGGGCGCGCGGCGCGCGUGCUGGCGGGCUUCGGCGACGGCUCGGUGCGCGCGUGGGACGAGCGCGCGCCGCGCGCCACCACGGCGCUGCGCGCGCACGCCGCGCCCGUGCUGUGCGCCGCGCCGCGCGACGACGCGCACGCGCUGGUCACGGGCGCGGCGGACGGCGAGGUGCGCGUGUACGACGCGCGCAAGCUGGCGCGCCCGCUGCACGUGCUGCGCGCGCCGGGGCCGCUCGCCGCGCUCGACGUGCACCCGCGCGCGCCGCUCAUCGCCUGCGGGUCGGUGAAUCAGUGCAUCAGCAUCUACGACUUAAAGGGCGGUGCGCUCAACACCAUCAAGUUUCACGAAGGUUUCAUGGGAGCUCGCAUAGGACCCGUCUCCUGUCUCGCCUUCCACCCGCUGAGAUGCGCACUCGGGGUUGGCUCCAAGGACUCCACGGUGUCGGUGUACGUGUCUGAGGCGCGUCGGUGACCCUCGCUCUACGGGCUGGCGCUACCGCUGCCAUUCGCGCAGUGACAGCUCACCCGCCACUACCACCAUCACCACCGCCACCAACACUUCCGCACAUCGCUAGCAACAUGUACACGCACGCAGGAAUAUCAAGAAGUUCAGCUGUACAUAACGACGUCAAUAAAUCCUCGGAAACACACUCGCACUCCGGUGACAGAAAUAUGAAUCAAUGCAGUGCGCGAACUUUCAUAUUCCUUAAACAAAAUAAAGUACGUUUGGUAUUGUGGAUACACUAAAGGUAGAUUUAACAUAAGCUUAUGUUAUAUAUAUACAUGUAACCAUCACUGACGAGAAAAGUAAUGUAGUUUCUUAAGUACGCUUAGUGGAGCCCUAAGGUAACGUACUCCAUACAUACAUACAUACAUACAUACAUACAUACAUACAUACAUACUUGUAUAUAAAUACAUUGCACACAUACAUACUCCUCCAAAUCACAAUACUACAACUUAACUCAAUAAAAUAAUUAUGAAUAUCUUAAAAAAUCUAGUAAAACAUUGUCUGUCUUCUGUACUAGAAAUAUUAAAGUUUUUACAUUUGGGCGAGUAUGUGUGUAUAAAAUUGACUUCCAAUAUUUUAGAGAUAAGGUCGCAAGUCGACUCACACGACGCAUGUAGUACCCUGAAUAGCUCCCACCGAAACAAUGCACUCCCCGUCCGUUCGUAAUGUUCUAGUCAAUAUUUAUUUUCAAAUAUUUAUAUUAUUGUUUGUAAAAUAGAAUAUACAUGUCACACUGAGCUCUGAACAAUUAGUUAUACUUUUAUUUCCAAUUAAUGUUCUCAUCCAACCUCAAACAAUUUACAUUUCGUGUCCCACCGAUUUUUUUUAACAUAAGUGCCAUACAUUGAACAAUAUGCGAAUCACAUAACUCACGAUACACAAACGAACUGUUACUUUCAACGAGACCUACUCAGGGAACUAACUGCAGAACUACAGAAAGUUAACUUGCUAAUGAUGAUAUCAACUGCUGGUGUAAUCAGAUCGAAACAAAAACAUUGAAAGAUGAUAUUUUUGUGUUCAUUGUGAACAAGGAAUUAUUGUACUGCGGAUACAAGUUGUUAUUCACGAAAAUUGUUACUUUUUAACUAUUGUUUUUUUGUACUUCGAUCAAUUUAGGUGCUAAGUUUUAAUUAUAUUUUAUUUAACAAUUAAAGAGAUAUGACAUUAAUGAACACUUGUUAUUCGCUUAACAAGUGUUUCCUAAUUUAUUAUUAUUUUUUCUGAAAAAAAAAAAUGGCAACAAAAUUGAUAAAUGUUACCACAAAUACAUAGUAUGAAUGUACAAGUUAAUGACUUACGCAAAAAUUAAUAAACAAUUAGAUCCCAGUUUACAGCGUAUUUAGAAGUAUUUAUAUGAGAUAAUGUCGCUGCGACUAACAUACGGAUCAGUUACAUUGAUGCAACUUAUUUAGCCAAAUAUAUCUUUGUAUAUUACCCGUAACAUACUCUAAGUAUAGGACACGAUGAUAUAGAUGUAAAUAAUAUAAUUAACGUCGCUGUGUUAAAUAUAACUGAAUGCAAUAUUAAAAGUUAUUUAGUGUCUGAUGAUGGCGUCUCGGGACCGGACCGUGUUAAAAACAUCAUCCCGCAACGUUUGCGUUACUCGCUCACAAGGAAAUAACGAUUUUAUUUACAGGUGCCUUAAAUUUGUUCCCUCGUCUACAUUUCACCAACUUAGUCUAAAGUUAACUCGGAAAAAUAUAUAAUGAUGAUGAUGAUUUUAACAUGAACCGCAGGUUAUUAGGGAAUUAUUUAAACAUUUUAAGCGGAACUUAUCGUUAGCGAAAUAUUAGCAUUUUACGUAGCGCGUCUCAACGAAAAAGUGUUCAAGAGGUGCUACCCGAUAUAUUUACAAUACUGUUUAAUGUUAUACUCCAAUGGCUGCUUGUGUUCUUCCCCUUAAACGUUUUUUAAUUUUUUAUUUUACGUUUCAAAUGUAAUGUUUGUGAUUAGUGAUCAGAAAGUUCCUAAAACUCAAUUGUUACUAGAUGCCAUUUUUUUAUUUAAGUUUUUAAAAAUACGUAACAGCUGGAUAUUUUGUGUUCUUUUGUUUUAAUUAUAUUUUACAAAUUAUGUUGUUGUUCGAAGUUUUAUUUAGGAUUAUGCCGAAUGAGUGAAAUUAAGCUGAUGUAGCUCUAGUUAUAGGUAAACGAUAUUAAGCAUUUAACGAUUUAUUUACUUAAAUAAUAGGUAUUUAAAGAACAAGUUGAGUAUAUUGAUGAAAUCAAUAUAAUCGUGGACUCGCGGUGUUGUUCUUUGUUGUCACAAAUUAUGUGACAACUGAUAUGAUUGGUUCAAAGUUGGACACUUUAAAAGGUAGCUUGAUUACAAAUACAAUUAGGUUUCAAUUAUGAAUUGGUUUAUAUCAUCGCUUUUAUUAUAUUGUGUAAUUUAAAAUGUACAUUUUACAUAAUAAUAUUGUUGUUGUUAAAAUAAAACAAAAUGCAUA